CCGCUUGCCGGAAGAGGCGUCUGUUCUCAUUCAGGCUGAGAAGUCCGAGCGGUAGCGGCAGCCCCAGGAGAGGCCAGGCCGAAGCCGCCGGGAUGGAGGACAGCGAGUGGCGCAGCAACAACUUCAGGCAGAAGCUGGUCAGCCAGAUUGAAGAAGCAAUGAGGAAAGCUGGAGUUGCUCAUAAUAAAACCAGUAAAGAAAUGGAGAACCAUGUUUACAUGAAGGCCAAAUCACGGGAGGAAUAUCUUUCCCUCGUUGCAAGGCUCAUUAUCCAUUUUCGGGAUAUUCAUAACAAGAAGUCCCAGGCCUCUGAUCCUAUGCACGCACUACAGAAUCUAACAGGUGGGCCACCUGCAGGAACAGCCGCCAUGGGGAUGACUUCACGCCCUCAGGGAGCACCUAUGGGUGGCAUGAGUGGACUUGGCCCAAUGGGACAACAAAUAAGCCUCCCAGGACAGCAGCAGCCACCUCCUGGAACAGCUGGGAUAGCCACGCAUGGCAUUCCAGGCAUGCCUACAGCUAACCAACAAACUCAGCUUCAGCUCCAGCAGAUGGCACAGCAGCAGUUCCAGGGCCAGCAGCAGCAACAGCAGCAGGCUUUGCAGCAGCAGCAGUUCCAGGCCCAGCAGACGGCGCUGCAACAGCAGUUCCAGGCUCAGCAGCAGCAGGCUGCAGCAGUGGCACAGCAGCAGCAAAUGCAAGCAGUCCAGCAGCAGCAGCAGCAACAGCAGCACUUGCUGAAAAUACAGUUGCAGCAGCAAAGCCUGCAGCAGCAAAGCCAGCAGCAGCAACAUCAACUACAGCGAAUUGCUCAAAUGCAGCAGAUACACCAGCAGGCAGCUCAGGCUAUCCAGGCCCAGCAGCAGCAGCAGCAGCAGCAGCAGCAGCAGCAGCAGCAACAACAACAGCAGCAGCAACAACAGCAGCAGCAGCAGCAGCAGCAGCCUCCCUUGACACAGCAGGUACUGCAGCAGCAGAUGCAACAGAUGCAGCAGCAGCAGCAGCAGCAGCAGCCUCAACAGCAGCAAGUGUCACAAGCUCAGCUGUCUCAGCUUCCACCGCAGCCAAUGGUGUCUCAGGCACAGACAGUUCCAGGACAGAUUCCUGGUCAGGUCAUGCCUCUAACAUUAACACCCCAGCAGUUAAAAGUCAUACAGGUAAGAACUAUGCAGCAGCAGCACCACCAACAGCAGCAGCAACAGCAACAACAGGCAGCCGCACAGGCGCAGGCUGCUCAGAUGGGAGCAUCAGGACAGAUGAUCACCGCCCGAGGUGGGAUGCAAAUAAGACCACGGUUCCCGCCUACCACCGCUGUAUCUGCCACGCCUCCAAGCACCAUUCCUUUGGGUGGACAGCAAAUGCCUCAGGUCAGCCAAAGUAGCAUCACCAUGAUGUCCUCUCCUUCACCAGUCCAGCAAGCCCAGACAUCCCAGCCAAUGCUUCCACCACCUCAGCCACAGCCCUCUCCCCAGCCAGGGCAGCUGACUUCCCAGCCCAACUCCAAUGUCAGCUCCGGUCCAGCCCCAUCUCCCAGCAGCUUUCUUCCCAGUCCAUCUCCACAGCCUUCCCAGAGUCCAGCAGCUGCACGAACGCCACAAAACUUCAGUGUCCCUUCUCCACUCAAUACACCAGGCAACCCCAACUCGGUCAUGAGCCCAGCCAGCUCCAGCCAGUCAGAGGAGCAGCAGUACCUGGAGAAACUCAAGCAGCUCUCCAAGUUCAUUGAGCCUCUCCGGAGGAUGAUCAACAAAAUAGAUAAGAAUGAAGACAGGAAGAAGGACCUGAGUAAGAUGAAAAGCCUCCUGGAUAUUCUAACUGAUCCUUCCAAACGCUGUCCUCUGAAGACUUUGCAAAAAUGUGAAAUUGCUCUGGAGAAGCUCAAGAAUGACAUGGCUGUGCCUACCCCCCCACCCCCUACAGUGCCUCCCACCAAACAGCAGUACCUGUGCCAACCCCUGCUCGAUGCAGUGCUGGCAAAUAUUCGUUCCCCUGUAUUCAAUCAUUCCCUCUACCGGACCUUCAUGCCAGCUAUGACAGCUAUCCAUGGCCCACCUAUCACGGCUCCAAUAACUUCCCCUCGGAAGCGAAAGUACGAAGAAGAUGAAAGACAAACCAUACCAAAUGUAUUACAAGGAGAGGUUGCUAGGCUGAACCCCAAGUUCUUGGUAAACCUGGAUCCGUCCCACUGCAGCAAUAAUGGCACAGUCCACCUCAUAUGCAAGCUAGAUGACAAGAACCUUCCGAAUGUUCCACCGCUGCAGCUCAGUGUCCCAGCCGAUUAUCCGGAUCAGAGCCCCCUGUGGAUUGAUAACCGUCAACAAUAUGAAGCAAACCCCUUCUUGCAGUCAGUGUAUCGCUACAUGAUGUCCAAAUUGCUGCAGCUUCCUGACAAGCAUUCGGUCACAGCGCUUCUCAACACCUGGGCACAGAGUAUCCGCCAGGCCUGCCUGUCUGCUGCCUAAUGUCAUCUCCCCUUGCUGGGCCACAGCUGGAAGAACCACAGAAGCGGAAGCCUUAACUCAUAUUUGUUUGCUAGGAGCCAGGCUUCAUAAAGAGGGUCUGGCAGUAGGUUUAGCUCUUGUGCUCCUUGCCAGUGGCUGGAUGCAUAUGAUGGAUUUGACAAGAGUCUCGAGAUGGACAUGU